AUGGGAUUUUGCUCCUCAAAACAAAUUCAAUCAACCUUAUCUUCAUCUCAUUAAAGCUAAAUUACUGAAGUUCAGCCUUUUCCUAGAAUGUCAUGGAUUAAUAAAUAUUUGCAGUAACCUUAAGAACGAAUAAUAAAACCCUACAAUCCUAACAGUACCUAUAUGUUUUUAUAUAAGGCCUUGAAUACUAGUAUAAUGUCGAAGUAGAAGGUGUCAUAUUUGAUGAGAUCGCUCCACCUGACUUUCUUGAUGAUGAUAUUUUAGAGCCCAUAGAUGAUGAUGAUGAAUGA